CACGCACAUCGCAAGCGCGGAUUGCCAGUCGAAAGUGAGCAAUCCAGCCAACCACCAUGUCGUCCUCGCCCGCUCCCAAAUCACCGCCCGAGGACGAGAAGGACGAUAUCGUCCUGGUCGGUGGGCAGACAAAUUCUGGGGCCCGCGAGAAUAAGCCGAAAGUGGAAGAUGAGGGCGCGGACCAGAAGAUCGAUGAGGAUGAAGAUGUUGAAGAAGACGAAGACGAAGACGAUGAUGAUGACGAAGAUGACGAGGAUGAAGACGAGGACGAGGAUGAGGAUGAGGAUGGCGAAGAUGGCGAGGGACGUCGGAGAGGAAAGAAGAGGAGGAGAAGGGGCGGCGCCAACCGCUAUCUCGAUGUGGAAGCCGUGGUCGACGAUGACGAGGAGGAGUACGACGAUGAGGAUGCUGAGCUUCUGAGGGAAGACGGCUUCAUCGAGCAGGACCUUGGAUCGGACAACGAUGAGACCCAUCGCCGUGCUGCUGCCGACAACCAGCGUCUUGAUCUGCAGCGAAGGCAGGAGGAGGAGCUCAACGCCGAGGACAUCGCCGCUCGCAUCAAUGAGCGCUACAAGUCUCGUGGCGGUCUCACGGCCAAGUCGGACUUCGAACAUGUUCCCCAGCGCAUGCUCAUGCCCAGUGUCAAUGAUCCUGGUCUCUAUUCGAUUCGUUGCAAACCAGGACGAGAACGAGCAGUGGUCCAGACAAUCCUCCGCAAGGCCGUCCUCGGCAACACACCGAAACCUAUGAAUAUCAUUUCCGCCUUCUGUCGAGACACGCUCGUCGGCCGUGUCUACGUCGAGGCCACGGAGCCCAAACACGUCAUGGAUGCUUGCGAAGGCAUCUCGGGCGCCUACCCGAACGAAAAGAACCUCUUCCUCGUGCCCAUUAGUGAGAUGGCCGACUUGCUCAAGAUCACAAAGGUGCGCAAGGAGCUCAAGCAGGGCAGCUGGGUGCGCUUCAAGAGAGGCAAGUACGCAGGCGACCUGGCACAGGUUCUCGACAUGACCGAAAACGGGGAGAUGUGCGGCGUCAAGUUCGUGCCCAGGCUAGACCUCGACCCCAGAGAGGAUAGCAUGUUUACAGAUUCGUUGGGAAGGAAGAGGAAAAAGGGUGCAAUUGGCUCGGCAGCUGUCGCCGACCGGCCACCGCCGCGUUUCUUCAACGCUGAAGAGGUCCGUAAGAUCUUUACCCGGGAGAGACUCGAAAAGAAGGGUCUUGGCUACCUGUUCCGUGGCAAAACAUACGUCGAUGGCUACUGCGAAGACGACGUCAGGGUGUCUGCCCUCAUCACCGAGAACGUCAAUCCUACUCUCGACGAGUUCUCGCGUUUCAUUGGCAAGGAGACGGAAAGUGGUCAAGCUCUGGACAAGGACCAGAUGAAGAUGCUCGCAGAUGCCACGAACGCCAAGGCCGAGGUAGUUCUGCGACGUGACGACCACGUCGAGGUGUUUGAGGGCGAGCAGGCCGGCGUGGAGGGUGUCAUUGACACCGUCGCUGCCGACGUCGUAACCAUCAAGUUCCAGCUCAGCGAGCACGAUGAGCAAACAAUCGAAGUCCCCAUCGCGAGCGUCCGUAAGAAGUUCAGGCCGGGCGAUCACAUCAAGGUCAUCUCGGGCAAGCACGCAGACGAGACAGGUCUCGUCGUCAAGGUUGAAGGCAACCUGACGACAUUCCUCUCGGAUCUAAACCUCAACGAGAUCAGCGUCUUCUCGAAGGAUAUCCACGAGGCAGCCGAGGUCGGAUCGGGCGUCAAUGCGGUCGCAGGCUAUGAGCUCCACAACCUGGUCCAGCUCGAUGUUCAGACAGCCGGUGUCAUUUUCAAGAUUGAGCGAGACAUCUUCAUGAUUCUCGAUCAGGCCGGCACCGUGCGGUCCGUCCGGCCCCACCAGAUCUCGAUGAAGAGGGACAGCGGUCGUGCCGUGGCGAUGGACUGCGAAGGAGGCGAGUUCCGAGCGAGCGACUCGAUGAAGGAGGCCGAGGGCGAAGAGCGCGAGGGCGUGGUACUACACAUUUAUCUGUCGAGCAUCGUUUGGCUCUUCAAUCGUGACUACAAAGACAACGGCGGAGUGUUCUUAGCAAGAGCGCGGCAGCUGCGACCCCGCGCGCCCGCUGGAGCCGCAGGGACGACGAACCUGUCGAAGCAGAACCCGGUGCUUAUGGCUAGCAUGCCGCAGCAGAUGCGUGCGCCUGCGCUUGGCGGCGGAGCCAGCAGCAACAUGCGACGACCGGGAGGGAGGGACCCAUUGGCGGGCAAGACGGUGGCUAUCGUCAGGGGACCCUACAAGUCGUACCGUGGCAUCAUCAAAGAUUCCAAUGGCGCCACGGCGAGGGUCGAGCUCAUGACGGCGGCCAAGAUGCUCACCGUGGACGUCAGCAUGCUCGUCGAAAAGGAUCCCUACACGGGUCAGAGUCGACCACUGAUGGGCGGACCCAUGGGUCGGCCUGGUGGUGGUCCUCCCGGUGGUCCUUCCCGGGGCCCUCCUGUCGGCCAAUACGGCGGUCCUCCCGGUGGAAACUUUGGAGGUCCUCCUUCGGGCGGUCCUCCAGGUGGCUAUGCAAGGAACCCCUACCUGUGAUCAUCUCUCAUUGCCAAUUUCUCCAUCUCAACUCUCUUGUACACUAGCUGCACUCAUCUCCUUUUUCAACAAUAGUAUUUCCUCGCCUACAAGGAGCAGACACAUCAAUCCAUCCUCUCUCGCACGAU